AUUUAACUAACUCACAUGUAACCAUGAGUUAGAUUGAACCCAUAUAGGCCGGCCAUUAAAGUGGCUUAUUCUAAAGAGUUUGGUUUAGGUCCAAAUUGGUUUUGUUGCGUUGGCUACUAAAUGAGGAAUGUGAUGCGUAGAGCAAUGACGUUCACCUUCCUCCUCCUCCAAUCACCACCGCCACUCCCAAUUUCUCCUUCUCCUCCUCUAUUCUCUCUCUCCUCUUCUGCUGCUCUUUUAUCAUCAUCAACCCAGCGCUUCUUCAAUCCGAGCCAGGGCUCUCGUCUACGCUCCGCUUCGUUACGGGCUUUGUGUACCAAAUCCAUCGUACCAAACAUGCAGGAUUCAGGAUCACCACUCUCUUAUCUUACUCAGCGAGAAGCUGCUGAGAUUGAUGAGACCUUGAUGGGUCCUCUUGGUUUCUCCGUUGAUCAGCUCAUGGAAUUGGCUGGUCUUAGCGUCGCUGCUUCAAUUGCUGAGGUUUAUAAACCGGAAGAAUAUAGUCGGGUUCUAGCAAUCUGUGGUCCUGGAAACAAUGGUGGUGAUGGUCUGGUGGCGGCAAGGCAUCUUCACCACUUUGGAUACAAACCGUCUAUCUGUUAUCCUAAACGUACAGCCAAGUCACUUUAUGCUGGACUGGUCACUCAGUUGGAGUCACUCUCAGUCCCUUUCGUCUCCGUUGAUGAUCUGCCGGAAGACUUGUCAAAGGACUUCGAUGUUAUUGUAGAUGCAAUGUUUGGGUUUUCAUUUCAUGGUGCUCCAAGGCUUCCUUUCGAUGAUCUCAUCCGGAGAUUGAUGUCCUUGCAAAACUAUGAGCAGACGCUCCAAAAACACCCAGUCAUCGUCUCUGUAGAUAUUCCCUCUGGCUGGCACGUUGAAGAAGGAGACCAUGAAGGUGCAGGAAUUAAACCUGAUAUGUUGGUGUCUUUGACUGCCCCAAAAUUAUGUGCGAAGAGAUUUUGUGGCCCUCAUCACUUUUUAGGUGGGAGAUUUGUACCACCUUCUGUUUCAGAAAAGUAUAAGCUCGAGCUUCCUAGUUACCCUGGGACAUCGAUGUGUGUUAGAAUUGGUAGACCUCCGAAAGUUGACAUAUCUGCUAUGAGAGUGAACUAUGUGUCUCCAGAAUUGCUUGAGGAGAAGGUUGAAACUGAUCCUACGGUACAGUUUCGUAAAUGGUUUGAUGAGGCAGUUGCGGCUGGAUUGAGAGAAACAAAUGCUAUGGCUUUGUGCACAGCGAACAAAGACAAAAAACCAUCAUCAAGAAUGGUUUUACUAAAAGGAUUUGAUGAGAAUGGAUUUGUCUGGUUCACUAACUACGAAAGUAAAAAGGGUUCUGAACUAUCAGAAAAUCCUUGUGCCGCGCUUCUUUUCUACUGGGAAAGUUUGAAUCGGCAGGUAAGGAUUGAAGGACCAGUGGAGAGAAUACCCGAGUCAGAAUCCGAGAAUUACUUUCAUAGUCGUCCUAGAGGAAGUCAGAUCGGAGCUAUUGUUAGCAAACAGAGUUCUGUUGUACCUGGCAGGCAUGUUCUAUACGACGAGUAUCAAGAACUGACGAAAAAAUAUUCAGAUGGAAGUGUGAUACCAAAGCCGAAAAACUGGGGAGGAUUCAGACUUAAACCAAACCUUUUCGAGUUUUGGCAGGGACAGCCAUCUCGUUUGCAUGACAGGCUGCAGUAUUCUCUGCAAGACGUAAACGGGGAUCCUGCGUGGAAAGUUCAUAGAUUGGCUCCAUGACUUCAACUCGUUACUUCCUCCCUCUAGAAGAAGAUGGCUGUUUGGGUUUCAUAUCAACCAUGCAAUGAUAACAAAGAUGAAAUAUAUAGCUGUAUAGGGGUUUACUUCCAGAAAUGUCACUUGAAUAUAUAGAUGUGGUUUUCCAACUUAGCACUUAAUAAUGUGAUUUAUUUAUGCUCUUCUGCUUGACAACCAAACAAAAUUUGCUAAGCUGAAUAAAUAUUCUGCAAUUAAUAGUGA